AUGCGCGCACGUGAACACUGUUCAGAACAGUGGUUCUUCGCUACCCUUGCGAUCGGCAUCGCAGUUGCGUUCGGUGCUCCUGUCCCGGAUGGCACUUGGCCUACUAGUCAAGGCAAUGUCAGCUACACUGAAGUCUACGUCGUGAAAGCGGGUGAAGUGUUUGACGGUGGCAUGAAAACCUACGACCGCUCGGACAUCACCUGCCUCGGACAGACCGAGAGCAACGGAUCAUCGAAUGCUGUCUUCGAGGUCGAACCCAGUGCCACGCUCAAGAACGUUAUCAUCGGCACGAAUCAAAUGGAGGGCGUCCACUGUGAGAUGUCGGACUGCACGAUCGAGAACGUGUGGUGGGAGGACGUGUGCGAGGAUGCCCUGAGCAUCAAGGGUGGAAAUGCUUCCAGUGUCUCCAGGGUCAUCGGUGGUGGGGCUCGUUACGCGGACGACAAAGUAGUCCAGCACAACGGAUACGGUACCGUUGUUAUCGAUGGUUUCUUUGCGCAAGAUUUCGGUAAGCUGUACCGUUCAUGCGGUAACUGCAAGAGCAAUCCUCGUCAGCGCUUCCUCAACUUGACCAAUAUUUACGCGGACCUGGAGAUCAUCUAG